AUGGGUUGCAUAACAGGAAAAUCCAUGAUACGUCCUCAAGCUCCAGGGCAGCGACUACUAAACACAGGCAUUCCUGAGUUUGACAAGCUUUUCCAUAAAUGUGAAGUUCCUAUAAAACUGAUAACUGACUGCCGAGCAGAUCUAGAUCUAUAUACAACAGAUUUUGUGAAAAGCUUAGGAGCACAAAGGCAAUGAGAAUUAAACCCAAGCAUUCAAGAGCUGACCUUGAUGAUGCUUGUUAUCCUUUCUACUAUGGGAAAAGGCAAUAUGGAUUCUAUAGGCGUUUCUUAUUCAUCUGAAAGUCCUUACAUUAGCGUCGACCCAAAAACCUUAAAGCGAGGUGCUAAGAAAAUGAUGAAUUUUUAUUAUCAGCUUGUAAAUUUUAUGGCUGAACUUCCUACAAAGCUUGAAAAACUUGUAGGAGAACUCAAUGGGCUCGUUAUAAAAGCCCAAGAUUUCCCCAAGGUGGUAUCCGAAAAAUCAUUAGGUGUAAUUUUUUUUUUUAUUUUUUUAAUUUUUAUAUUUUAAAAAUUUUUUUUAUCCGAAAAAAAUGCGAAGAAUUGAAUUUUUCAAUGAAGGAUAAACUUUUGGCUAUAAAAAAUACAAACAGUAACUACAAAGAAAUUUCCUCUGCACCGGUCCAAUUGACUGAAAUUCUCAGAAUAACCGAAGAAGCAAGAUCAAGAAUUUUAGAAACCUGUGAGCAGGCGCAAAUAGCUCCACAGUCAGACAGAAUUAUCAGCAGAGGAGUCCAAGCUGCCGCCGAAGGCUUAUCAAUGCCAAGCGAAAUUGUGAAUAAAUUUUGGGCAGUUUGCUAG